AAUGCACUUAGCAUAAGUCAGUUGUUGACAGUUCUGUCAUUAAGUUCGUAUAUUUAGUGUGAAAAAAGCGCGAGUGUUUGCAAAUAAUUGUAAUGUUAGACCAUUUCAAGGCAUGGCACUUCUAACAUACUUUGCAAAGAGAGGCACAAGCGUGAUGAAGACAGAUUUUUCCACCGGUUAUACAACAAAGUUGCACUCAACGUCCUGUGCACACAUCAGUAGAGCUAGACUCAGAAGUAGAAGAAGCCUGAUGGGGCAGUUUGACGGAUCUAGUGUGCCGCGGCAUUAUGAAGGAGAGCUUAGGGACUUAUACAACACUUCUCUUAAAUAAAGUUGGUUGAG